AUGCUUCUAAAUCUCAGGUCGAUAUACUACGAGAAACUCUUGACCUUCUGGCGGCGCCACUUCUCUUUAAGAAGUUUAAAAUACAUAACCAUCAUCGACUACACAGACCCCGAGGAUCAUGUGACCCUUAAGGUGGAUGCCGCCUUCCGCAAAUCACCCCUAUACGCGUUCCGCAACCCAGACAUGUUCCCCACCUCGCACAAGUGGGUCGACUGGAUGUUUGAUCUGGAGAACAUGGCGCCGCGGCAGUUAGGGCUAGAGUUUGUGCAGGCGUUGGAUCGGCGCAGGAUCUUGAUUCUGCUGGGAGCGAUACCGUGGGGGUGGGUAGUUUAUUUACGGCAUUAA